UGGGCACGUUAUUUUGGGAUGGAUUAGUAGUGUAAGACAUUGAUUCGUAGUGGUCACUUAAUAAUAAUAAUUGUUUUGAGAACAGGCGGAACGUUGUGAAAGAAGUCAGAGCAGACCUUGUUCCUGCAAACAUAACAAAAAAAGGGCUGUGCGUUUUCAGACCGCUCUAUUUUUGCUGGAUUAAUAGUGUUGUCUAUGCGCUUCGAGGAAUCAGUUCCGUAAUCGCACAAGAACAGAGUGUUCCUACGAGACAAAGAAGAAAACAAACCAAAGCCAUUUGGCAUUGCCAAUCCAAACGUGUACGAAGAUGCUUCCAACGUAUCAGCGAGUAGGGGCCAGUGGUCAGUCCUCCAUUGUGCCGUCUUUCCUCCUCUUCGGCCGCCGGUCAUUUCGAUCCCGUGAAAAAUGUCUCAUCGUUCUCGUGCUCUCUACCUUCGGGUUCGUCUGCUUUGGCGGUUUCUUCUUUCUGCCGGACAAUUUCAGUGCAGACCGUGUGUUGAAAGCGUACAAACAGUUUCAGCGUACCGGGCCGGAAAUAUUUAUUCCGCCACCACCGGCCGUUCGUGUGCGCGACGAGGACAUACACAGGGUAGACGAUCGCGAGAAGCUUCAGAAGAAAAUUCGUAAGGAGCUGCCAGACGACUUUCUCGAGAAACCCGACGUUGACACGGUUGGAAGUGUUCCCGAUGAGUCCGGCGCAGAUGUAGUGAAUAAUGGAAACGUUGGCACCAUUAUUGUUCCAGCAUUGCAUAUAGCCGAUGGUAAUGAAGGAAUGGCCGUAGAGCUUAAAAUCGAAGCACCGGCGAAUGCUGUGCAGUCGCUACAAAGCGGCGGAGGGGGAGACGAGGAGAAGAGCAAGACACUGACAGAAAGGAGGCGACAAAGCCCUGAACAACCUCCUCCGUCUACCUUCAACUCUUCAAUUGGUGAAGAUCCGGUCCUAACAGUGCGAGAAAAGCGCAACAAAAUAAAGGAGAUGAUGAUCCACGCAUGGAGUAACUACAAGCUAUACGCGUGGGGGAAAAAUGAGCUACGUCCUCUGACGAAACGUGGUCACAGCAACAGCAUCUUUGGCUCAUUUGAUCUCGGAGCCACGAUAGUUGAUGGGCUAGACACUUUGUACCUGAUGGGCCUCCAUAGCGAGUUCGCCGAGGGCAGAGACUGGAUUGAAAGGAAGUUCACACUUGAGAACGUCGACGCCGAUCUCUCUGUAUUUGAGACAAACAUUCGUUUCAUCGGGGGCUUCCUAACAUGUUACGCGUUCACUGGUGACCUGCUAUUUCUUGAAAAGGCUAAGUACGUGGCGGACAAGCUGUUGCCCGCGUUCCAGACGCCCACUGGUAUCCCGUACGCUCUGACCAACAUCCGAAACGGGAUGAGCAAAAACUAUGGAUGGGCCAGCGGUGGUAGCAGCAUUCUAUCAGAGUUUGGUACUCUCCAUCUAGAGUUCUCCUACUUGAGCGACAUUACGGGUGAUUCCGUCUACAGAGACAGGGUCCAAACAAUUCGCUCGGUGCUAAAAGAAAUCGAAAAACCCAAAGGACUCUACCCGAAUUAUCUGAACCCGAAGACGGGCAAAUGGGGCCAGCAGCAUAUGUCGUUGGGUGCGCUCGGCGACAGCUUCUACGAGUACUUGUUGAAGGCAUGGAUCCAGUCUGGUCAUGAAGACGAGGAGGCUCGCGUGAUGUAUGAUGAUGCCAUGCAGGCAAUCAUUCAGCAUAUGCUUCGCACCACGCCGAGUGGGUUGAUGUACGUCUCCGACAUGAAAUUCGAUCGUCUCGAGCACAAAAUGGAUCAUCUGGCGUGUUUUGCUGGGGGCCUUUUCGGGCUUGGCAGUAACUCCCUCAACAAUCAGUAUUCGGAGCGCUACAUGGAGAUCGGGGAGGGCCUGACUAACACCUGCCACGAGAGCUAUAUUCGCACAUACACUCGGCUCGGUCCAGAAUCAUUCCGUUUUAACGAUGGUGUUGAAGCGAAGGCGCUGAAGGCUCAGGAAAAAUACUAUAUUUUGCGACCGGAAACGUUCGAAAGCUACUUCAUAAUGUGGCGUUUGACGCAUGAUCAGAAGUACCGUGAUUGGGGUUGGGAUGCAGUACAGGCACUCGAGAAGCACUGUCGAACACCUACCGGCUACACAGGCUUGAAAAACGUGUAUCUUACCGAACCAGUGAAAGAUGAUGUGCAACAAAGUUUCUUCCUCGCCGAGACACUUAAGUACCUGUACCUGUUGUUUUCGGACGAUUCUAUGGUUCCGCUGGAUGAAUGGGUGUUCAACACGGAGGCGCAUCCACUACCGGUAAAAGACCGGAAUCCGUUCUAUCGCCAGGCAUCGGCAUCGAGCGCAACGCAAGGUCGGGAACCAUAAAGUAACAUCAAUUCCUACCAUCUACCACACGACACCAAUGCAAACCGUGAUGAGAGCGCUAACAGUGUAUAACAUACUAUUAGUUUGUUUUUUUCCAUUGUAUUGGGUGUUGGUCAAGACCAAAAAUACAUCAAGAUCAACUACCCGGAGCAAUAACAAAUGUCGCGCAAUAACAAAGGUCGAAUAAUAGAGAAGAUACAGUGUUUCCAAUCUCACAUUAACGAUGACAACCGGAUGAUGGGAAAGAAGCUAGUAGACAUUCUUAACUGUCCUGUUAAUGAAGGGAGUUUGUGUAUAGGUUCGUCGAUAUGUGAUCUCACACAGAGGGAAAAAAUCAUGUACUCGGAUUAAUAUUCGUAACCCUGUACCCUGCUAUGGCAUACAUGGUCUGACAAGUUAUUUGUACAAAAAUUCACAUAAAUAUGUCCAUCAAACCUCUAAUAGUGGACCGCGUUAAAUUUAUUCUGAUGACAGUUUAUUAUCUGGAUUUCGAAUCACUAUAUCUGUUAAAACGGGUGUCCGUGUUAUCAUCCGCUUAAAUUUUUGCAUCCCACUAGAUGCCCUCUGAUGUUGCUGCAAUCAUGAAAAGAAAAGAUCCAUGAACCAUGAAUUACGAGGAAGGAAUGGAACGCUCAUAAGAUAUGUAUUAGGAACUGUACCCAAGAAGUCUUAGGUGCGUAUCGUGGAAAGAUUAAAUCUGGCUGCCUCGACAAAGUUGAGUCUAGAGAUGUGAUGAAUAAAAGAAAAUCAUUGCGACUAAAGCGACGAUAGAUACGAACGGAUAUGUAUAGGACGCGUACAAACAUAGAAAAUUACACGCAACUUAGAAAAGAACUAGUUCGGAGUUGUCUCGAGCUUCACCUAUAAAAAAUUACAACGACGUAACACAUGAGCUGAAAAGUCCCGAGUCUAUGAAAGAAAACUUGUUUUUUUUGUGUAACAAAUUGGUUUCAUUCAUCAACGUAAUCUCUAUCAAGUGCCACAUAAUCAUUCCGGCGCCGCUCUAAUAAUUCAAUACCACUUUUCUAGAACGAUUUAUCCUUUGCCUUAAAAUGAAACAUGGCCAAACAAUGCUCAGAAUCAUCAAUACGUUCCUGUUUUUGGUUAACAGUGAGCAAACGCGGCAGCCACUUGAAACAGAGCUUCCUCAUAGUCAAAUGCUCAUGCACUAUAAAGACCACACGUUCUUUUGAUAUCUUUACAAUGUCAGCUAACUCACGCCACUUCACUUUUCGAUCAUUCAAAACAAUUUUGUGAAUUGUGCUGUUUUCUAGUGUAGCCGCCUCAUUUGGACGUCCACUGCGUUUUGCAGCAACGGUGUCUACGACCACGUUUGAAAUCAGCAAACCAACCAAUUUUUUGUUGUUUCUGAUGGAGCAGAGUCCUUAUAACACUUUUCAAACCAUUUCUUCGUUAUUAAAACGCGAAAUUAUUUUUGUUAAACUAACAAAAAUAGUGUCACUCUUAGCACAAUAACUGUCAAAUUUAAGCGUAGAAUACCAAAAAAUUUUAACAGCUUUCGUUUGAAGGUUAGUGCUAACUGAAAGAAACGAUGAAUGCAAGAAGACUAGCGCCAUCUAUGUGUUAGGCUCGGGAUUUUUCAGCCCAGGUGUUAAUGAACGAGAUUCGCGCUAGGGUGCCACAGCUGACAACAGGUCAUUCUACAAGAUGAAGAAGCUAUUUCGUUCACAUUUCGUAUCGAGAAUGCCAAAGCUUAUGUUUUACAGAACCUUUAUAAUGCCAGUAUCAUUCUGACGCAUCACGACUUCUUCGGGAACAAUCUCUGAGCGGUAUUAUCCUGCACCAGAGACAAUGUUAAUCUCUGAUGCUCUCUGUUACGGUUCGUUUUCACGGGCGGGAUUGUUGGUCCCGCGCCAACCCCUCCUGCCACGUCGUUAUCGAGAAUCAAAACCAUGGCCGGCUGUGUGACAACCGGUCCCGGGAUUCGAGCCCAGGCCAGCUGCGCGACAGUGACGAGCGUUACCGAUUGCUCUAUCAGCAGGGGUUAAAAGCGGGGGACACGUCACGACACCUCGUUUAAUAUUGACAAACCCUCUUAACCGUCUAAGAUUCUCAGAAUGAUUUUUGGCACUCUAUGUUUAGACCGACAAUGGAAAAGUCGUUAGAACAGCGAACUGUAUGCAUUGUACGACGACCUUACUUUCGUGCAGCGUCUACAUCUUGCCAGGCUCCGGUGGGCUAGUCAUGUCAUGAGAAUGACGGACGAUGAAUCAGUACGUAAAAUCUACAAUAGCCAUCGGGCCAUCCAAAAAUACAGAAAGGACUUGGUAGGGCUCGUUUAAGAUGGUUCGACUGCAUCGUUGGCGAUGCAAGAGCGAGCGGGCGAUGUAACAAGUUAUCAGACAAAGGCCUUUGACCGCAAGCGGUGGAGGGAGUCUGUGUUGAAGGCCUGGACAUCUCGGCGGUUAUAGUAGCCGAAUAAGAAGAAGAAGAAAAAGAAGUUGAUACACUAUUAGGUUUUAAUGCACGCUUUUGGCAUAGGAAUCGAUUAAUCAGUGCAAAGUAGACGAAAGACCCCAGUCCAUUCCUUUAGGAUUAAAAACAAAAUGUAGACGAAACAUCAUUGAUAUCCUAGUAUGUAUGAACAAUAGUUAAUCAGGAUGGAAUUACAACGUACAUAGUUUGCCGGAAAUGCAAUGGAAAUUAAUUUUGUCAGAUGCUCACGUGCGCAUGCUGCAACGUGCGGCAAUCGCUACCGCUCCCGGGAAUGUUGCAAUCGCGUAGAGAAGGUAAUUUCAAAUUGUAUUUUUGAUAUCGUAAACUAAGUCCUGUCUUUAAAUCAGUAACGCGCUAUGUGUGAGUGCUUUCAAGAUUGUGCGUUCAAUAAAUU